AUGGAUAUAGAACAGCUGAAGCAGAUUGAGGAGGCCGAGCCGGACAAGAAGGCCCUGAAUGUGUUCCUGGCUAUCGCCGCAGCUCUCCUGUUUGGACUCGGUAUCUGGGGCGUUCAGGGCCCAAACAAGGCUGCCGAGUACUUUGCUGGGUAUCUGCUGGAGCAGUCGCUCUCCAUCGACAACCUCUUUGUCUUUGUGCUGGUGUUCGAGUACUUCAAGACGCCCCGGAAGGCACAGGAUGUGGUGCUGACGUAUGGAAUUGCCUCGGCCGCUGUCCUGCGCCUGGUGCUCAUAGGGGCUGGCUCCAGCAUCAUCGGCCGCUUCAAACCUCUGCUCGUCGUGUUUGCCGCCAUUCUCAUGGUCUCCAGCUUCAAGCUGCUCACACCGCGAAUGACCUUGAGCACAAACUACGAUGGUACCAAUUUCUUCACUGUGGAGAAUGGUGUCAAGAUGGCCACACCCCUUCUCCUGGUUCUGCUCGUGGUGGAGCUCACUGACGUCGUGUUUGCGGUUGACUCAAUUCCUGCGGUGUUUGGUGUCACGCUGGACCCAUUCAUCAUCUACACAAGCAAUAUCUUUGCUAUUCUUUCCCUGAGAAGUGUCUAUGCCUUUGUUGCCACAAUUCUUGGCGAGCUCAAGUACCUGGACAAGGCUAUCGCUGCUGUCCUGGGUUUCAUCGGGUGCAAGAUCCUUGCCGAAUUUGCUGGUCUUGAGAUCAGCACAGCCGCAUCCCUGCUGGUGGUGGUGGGAUUGCUGGAUGUGUAUCAGCCAUCACCCCUUCCUGAGACGCCCACGCUGACGGUACCUGAGGGUCGAGGGUCCAAGCUGCGCGACAUUCCAAAUGUGAACUUCAAGCUAGGCAAAAUCACUGGGAGGGACGAACUUACUGAGCACCUGCACAAUGUGCUGUACAGGCGGAAGGGCGCGGCAGCCCAGAGAAAGAAAGCUGUGUUGGACUUUUCUGGCUUUGUUUUUGACGACGCCAGUCGGGCUGCCAAGAAGAGAGCCGCCGCAAGCAAGAAACGAGAGCGGGAGGCCCAGGUGGGUUGA